AUGGGCAGUAAAGAAAAAGACAUCCGUCACGUGGAUGUCCUAAUAGUGGGCGGUGGUCCAGUUGGUCUCGUAACCGCCUUCCAACUCGCCAAAUUUGGGCACUCGCGCUCUAUAGCUAUCAUUGAAAAGUACCCCAAAUCUUCCCAGGAUCAGUAUGGACGGGCAAUCACUCUCUAUCCCCGUUCAAGCGAGAUGCUUGACCAACUUGGUCUUGCAGACGAAUUAGCCCAGGAAUGCUUCGCAUGUAGGAGUACGGUUAGUUAUGAUAAAGAUGGGAAGGAGGUGAAAGGUAGGGGGUGGUAUUUUAUGGAAAAUAUGAAGGAUACCCAGUGGAAUUUCGCGCUUGUUUUGAGACAGAAAUAUCAAGAGGAGAUUUUCAGGAGGAGGUUGAGGCAGGAAGGCGUGUCUCUGGAGGCUCCGGUUGAGUUGGUGAGCGUUGAUGUUCAGGAGACAACGCCGGAGGACGGCUACAGAAUCACUGCCAUUGUUAAAGAUGGCGCGAGCGGAGAGACUUCAAACGUAAAAUGCAAGUAUUUGAUAGGAGCUGAUGGCGGGAAGUCGUUUGUCAGACGCGCUCUAGCAGUGCCCUUUGAUGGGAACACGACGGAAGACAAAUGGGUGAGAAUUGACGGGGUCAUUGAAACCGAUAUGCCAAAAACUCGAGUUUACGGCGCCAUCGAGUCCCCGACACAUGGAAAUGUCCUCUGGGCAGCUUUAGAUCAUGGCGGCACACGAAUCGGAUUUGCGUUCACAGCAGAACGCCAGAAAGCCUACCCCGAAUUCAACGAGGCAGCAGCAGUUGCAGAAGCCAUUGAAUCUGUAAAGCCGUUCAGUCUGAAAUUCAAGCAGGUUGACUGGUAUACGGUCUACUCAGUUGGCCAACGGAUUGCGAGAAAUUUUUUCACGAAAGAUUGCGUCUUCUUAGCUGGCGACGCUUGCCACACGCAUAGCUCAGGCGCAGCGCAAGGAAUGAACACGGGCAUGCAUGAUGCUGUGAACCUCGCCUGGAAACUUUCAAUGGUCCUGAAAGGGAUUGCGCCCCCAUCUCUGCUCCACACUUACGAAACCGAACGAUUGCCCAAUGUUCAUAAACUCAUCAACUAUGAUAAGGAUAUUUCAAGGUUGAUGACAAUGCAAUUGCCUAUCGGUUGGAAGGGAGACCCAAACGCAGACCCCAAUGAGAUCCUUGGGGUGGUUAUGGAAGAGGCAUCAACAUUCACGACUGGCCUGAGCAUUGCAUUUGAUCUCAAUACAAUCAAUGUCAAAGGGUCGUUUGUGUCCAACUGUGAUCCUGCUCCUGUGAGUCCAGGUCAAAGAGGCCCCGACGUCCAGUUGCAGAAGCCAGGGACAAACGAGGCAACAAGACUGCACAAGGAAACACCCAACAUAGCAAGAUUCCACAUUGUUGUCUUCUCUGGAGAGCCAGAAUACACUUCGUCGAAUCUGAAAGAUUUCUCCGCAGCUGUAGAGACUUCGAAAGUUUUCUCCAACGCCGCCUUGCCCAUAUCUUGGCUCACGAUACCAGCAAAGGGCGGCCCGUCAGCGUUUGAAAUUCUUGGAGUAAUGCCACUUGGCAAGGUGUUCUAUGAUCAAAAACAUACAGCUCAUGAAAGGUACGGGGUUGACAUAAAAGAAGGGGCAGUUGUGGUUUUGAGACCAGAUGGAUGGAUUGCAACGGCUACGGCGUUGCGAGCUGGGGCGGUGAAGGAGUUGGAAAGCUACUUCGGCAUGUGCUUAGAAUUCUAGAGCAAGGCGUCAGUCAUCAUCAAUCCUAUUAGAUUCUUG